UGAUUUUUAAAGAGCUCAGCUGGCUGGUGAACUUGGUUCCUGCAAAAAGACACCAGAAUAACCUGCAAUAUGCCGAGAUUCGUUGAUGCCCUGAGCAAGGAAAAGAAAGAGGAGUUGUCAAGAAUAGCGAAAGCUAUUGUGGCUCCUGGUAAAGGUAUCCUCGCUGCUGACGAGAGUACAGCAACCAUUGGUAAGAGAUUUGCGAACAUUGGUUUGGAAAACAACGAGGAUAACAGGCGCAAAUAUCGUCAACUUCUUUUUACAUCUGGAAAAGAUCUGCACCAAUACAUCAGUGGAGUUAUUAUGUUCCAUGAAAGUUUCUAUCAAAAAUCUGACUGUGGGAAACCUUUACCAGUCCUUCUGAAAGAACAAGGAAUUAUUCCUGGAAUCAAAGUUGACACUGGUGUCGUUAACUUGGCCGGCACAGAUAAUGAAGUUACAACUCAAGGUCUUGAUGGGUUGGCCGAAAGGUGUGCUCAGUACAAAAAGGAUGGAGCUGAUUUUGCUAAAUGGAGAUGCGUGUUGAAAAUAACGAGCCACACACCGUCUCUUCUUGCAAUGAUUGAGAAUGCAAAUGUUCUUGCUCGUUAUGCUUCCAUUUGCCAACAAGCUGGAAUCGUUCCGAUUGUGGAACCUGAAGUUCUUCCUGAUGGAGAUCAUGAUUUGGAAACUGCUCAAAGAGUUACUGAGCAAGUUCUUGCUUUUGUUUACAAAGCUUUGGCUGACCACCACAUAUACUUAGAAGGUACACUUCUGAAGCCUAACAUGGUGACAGCUGGCCAAUCAUGCCCCACGAAGUACACUCCCCAGCAAGUGGCUCACGCCACUGUCCUGGCUCUCAGGAGAACUGUCCCUGCAGCUGUCCCUGGAGUAACAUUUUUGUCUGGUGGCCAGUCAGAAGUGGAUGCGACAGUUCAUUUGAAUGCGAUUAACUGCGAGUCUUUGCAUCGACCAUGGGCACUAACUUUCAGUUAUGGAAGAGCUCUUCAAGCUUCCGUUAUCAAUGCUUGGAAAGGUAAAGAUGAUCACAUUACUGCUGGACAGCAAGAGCUUUUGAAAAGAGCGAAGGCCAACAGUCUGGCAUCUUUGGGCAAAUACCAAGGUGAGGAAGGUGGCAGUGCAGCCAGCCAGUCAUUGUUCGUUAAAGAUCAUGCAUAUUAAAUCAUGAAAAUUUUAUUGUUAUCGGUAUUUUGCCCAAAGGAUUUUCUUCAAUAAUGUUUUCAAUUGUUAUAUAUUUAUACUUUUUUCUAAAAUCAUGAAAUUCUCCAAAAUUAGUUUUAGUUAUCUGAAUGUGGUGCGUGCAAAUAAAAUUCGAAAUGUUUUAAAUUCUCCCACAAUUCCUUUGUUUAAAAUGAAAAUAUAAACGAAAAAA